AUGCUCCAAAAUAUAGACGAUAACGUACCUAAUUUAGAAAAUGUUGUUAAUAUGAAUAGCUCUUCAACCGAUGAUACAAUGAGAUUGGCCGCAAUCACAAGGAAAACUGCACCUCCCUUGAAUUUGGAACGUGAACGCCGUAUGGAGGAAUUAUGUUGGUAUUUUCUUUUUCCAAAUGGCAGGAAUGGCUUUGGCGAGGAAAGAGAAAAUGCGUGUACCCCCCUUGAUUACUUUCAAAACCGGGUAAUGAGUAUUGACAAGAGGUUCAACAGAAAUGAUUAUUUAUUUUAUGCUCUAUCCAUUGUUGAAUAUUUUCGUGCAAAAUCAAGCGUAUCUGUGUCAUGUAGGAUGCGACAAGGUCAUGGAGAGCAAACACCACAGGGACUUGUAGAUAAUAUGCAUCUCACUAUGAGAAAUAUUCGAGGAUCGGCAUCAUAUUGGCAGAAAUGUUGCUCUGAAUUGAUUGCCAUGGUUAGAACUUUCGGGCCUCCCACAUGGUUUUUAACAUUUUCCUGCAAUGAUUUAAAUUGGCCAGACAUGAUAAAAGCCUUGCUUAUCGCUGAUGGACGUGAUAUCGAUGACGUCGAUCGCCUGUCAUUCCCGGAGCGCUUGAACCUAGUGCAAAAACAUCCGGUAGUGUUAGCACGACAGUUCACAGUACGUGUUAACGCUCUCAUGCGAUUCUUAAAGAGAAAUAAAGAUUGCUUGGGUGGUCUUAUUGAAGAUUUUUGGUACCGAGUGGAGUUUCAAAACCGCGGUAGCCCACAUCUGCAUAUGUUAGUCUGGUGUAGUAAUGUUCCGAAUUUCACCACUGGUUUCAUGUUCAUUAACUCCUAA